GCUAAUCUCGGCGUAAAAGCUGAAUUAUUAGGAUUGUGCUUUUUGCCUCAAGAACAGUUGGUUAUAGAAGCCGCACUGGGACGGAGCGUGCCAAUUCUCUCUUCAAGUUAUAACUAGAAAAAUCUUUUAAUUCAUAAUGACUUCAACAUUGUUGCCCGGCAAUAUCGUUUAUGGAGGCCCAAUACCCGUCCGGGAGGCCCAGGAGUAUCGCUCCUUGGGGCAGCUAAUAAUGGAUAGAUAUAAAAGUUUUGGCAAUCAAACGGUUAUGAUUGAUGCUGUCAGCGGCACUGAAUAUACCGGAAAGUUUUUGUAUGAUUCGAUUGUAAGAUUGGCACAAAUCCUCCAGAAACUCGGCAUAAAGCACAACGAUGUCGUUGGGUUGUCCAGUGAGAAUAGCGUGAAUUUUGCUAUAGCCAUGUUUGCUGGGUUUGCUGUGGGUGCGACUGUUGCGCCAUUAAAUGUCACCUACUCAGAACGUGAGGUUGACCAUGCCAUAAAUUUGUCGCAUCCAAAGAUCAUAUUCGCCUCAAAGAUCACCGUUGACCGCAUCGCAAAGGUGGCCAAACAGAAUAAAUUUGUUAAAGCAAUUAUUGCACUGAGCGGCUCUUCCACAAAUCAUCCAAAGGUAUAUUCCUUCACGGAUUUGAUGAACAGUGACAAGUAUAAGACGAAACCAGAAUUCACUUCACCUGCGGCAAACAAAACCGAGGAUGUGGCAUUAAUUGUAUGCUCCUCGGGCACCACUGGUCUGCCCAAAGGCGUUCAGUUGACACAGUUUAAUCUAUUGGCCACGAUCGACUCUCAAAUUCAGCCAACUAUGAUACCAUUCAACGAGAUCACUCUACUCACUGUCAUUCCGUGGUUCCAUGCUUUUGGCUGCCUGACGCUAAUCACAACGGCUACGAUGGGCACUCGACUAGUAUAUUUGCCCAAAUUCGAAGAAAAUCUGUUCCUCUCCGCCAUUGAGAAAUACCGUGUCAUGAUGGCGUUUAUGGUGCCACCACUGAUGGUCUUCUUAGCCAAGCAUCCGAUUGUAGAUAAGUACGAUCUGUCCUCGCUAAUGGUUUUACUUUGUGGCGCUGCCCCGCUCAGCCGUGAAACCGAAGAUCAGAUCAAGGAGCGAAUUGGUGUGCCAUUCAUUCGUCAGGGGUACGGACUGAGCGAGUCGACGCUGAGUGUCCUGGUACAGACCGAUGACUAUUGCAAGCCUGGUAGCGUUGGCGUACUCAAGGCUGGCAUCUAUGCCAAGGUCGUUGAUCCGGACACUGGUAAAAUAAUGGGACCGAACGAACGUGGCGAGCUUUGUUUCAAGGGUGAUGGCAUUAUGAAGGGCUACAUUGGUGACAGCAAGUCCACACAGAGCGCCAUUCGGGACGGCUGGUUACACACUGGUGAUAUUGGCUAUUUUGACGAUUCACUCGAGUUCUUUAUUGUGGAUCGCAUUAAGGAGCUUAUCAAAUAUAAGGGCUUCCAGGUGCCGCCGGCAGAAAUAGAAGCGCUGCUACUAACCAAUGAGAAAAUCAAGGAUGCUGCUGUCAUUGGCAAACCGGAUGAAGAGGCUGGCGAACUCCCAAUGGCAUUUGUGGUCAAACAGGCGAAUACCCAACUCACCGAGGAAGAUGUGAUCAAUUUUGUGAACGAACGUGCCUCGCCUGCAAAACGUCUGCGGGGCGGCGUAGUUUUUGUGGACGAGAUACCCAAAAAUCCCAGUGGCAAAAUAUUGCGUCGCAUCCUACGCGAUAUGCUUAAGAAACAAAAAUCCAAAUUGUAAGCCUCACGAUGCAUAGAAUCACUCUCAGCAAACUAAUCGUAUGUGAGGC